AUGUCUCGCAACGUUGAAAUCAAAGCAAAAGUACGAGAUGUUGACAAGAUUGUUGCUCUUGCGAGAGAAUUGACUGGCAAGGAGCCAACACUCCUCAAACAACAUGAUAUCUUCUACAAAUCCCCGCAAGGGCGUCUGAAGAUGCGCACUGUGGAAGAAAAUGGCAAGGUUCGCACUGAACUGAUAUGGUAUGAUCGUCCGGACAAGGCCGGACCAAAACUGUGCAAUUACAACAAAUUCGAAGUUCCAUCCGAGGUGCUUGGCGGUAUUCAGGAAACCCUGCGCUGCUCUAUGGGUAUAAAAGGAGAAGUAAAGAAACUUCGCACCCUGUUCAUGUUUGACAGAACACGCAUCCAUAUAGACAAAGUUGAAGGAUUAGGAAAUUUUAUGGAACUCGAGGUAUGUCUUCAUGAUGGAGAAUCUGUUGCUGAUGGCGAGCGGAUAGCAGAUGAUAUCAGACAAAAACUUGACGUUAAAAAUGAGGAUUUGCUCGAAGGAGCUUACAUGGAUAUGUUGGACGAAAAUUUAUAG